GCUGGUAAGUUCAUUUUUUAUUGUACUUUACAGUGAAGUUUAGAUGUGAUGAAAAGGGCCAGGUUCUGUAGUGCUGGAGGGUGAAGUCCCGUUUUAUCUCCGAAAUUGUCAAGGCAACACUAGUGCAAUAUUCCUUGACCUCCAAACAUGCAUACAUCCUGACCUCCCUGCUGAGACUAUCAGCCACGGGCUAAUUGUCAAAGUGUUUCAUUGUAAUAUGGACACAUGGCACUGGAAGCUGGACUGACUGAGUCCCACAGCCUGAUUUCAUAGAGCAACCAACAAAGAGCCAUCAGCUGUGGAGACCUUUUGGCCAUCACCAGCUUGAGCUUGAAGCAAAGUCAGCGUCCUACAAGUGAGAGGUUUCAUAUCCCAUUCCCAAUCCCCUCAUCCAGACUGGCUCCAUGAUCCCCAUGAUGGAUAUUAAUUUAUUUCUUCCUCUUUCACCCAUUUGCCUUCCCCAUUGAUGACACUGAUGAUGACAAGAUCGUGGGAGGCUACACCUGCCCAAAGAACUCUUUGCUCUACCAGGCAUCCCUGAACAUCGGGUACCAUUUCUGUGGAGGUGCCCUCAUUAACAGCAGAUGGGUCGUCUCAGCCACUCACUGCUACAAAUCGUGAGGCUUGGAGAACACAACCUGGCAGUCAGGGAAGGCACUGAACAGUUCAUUAAUGCAGCCAAAGUCAUCCGUCACCAGAAUUACAGCCCCCAGAUGCUGGACAAUGACAUCAUGCUCAUCAAGCUGGCCAGUGCAGCUACCCUCAACCCCUACAUCAACACAAUUGCCCUGCCGACCAGCUGUGUGGUCACUGGCACCCAGUGCCUGAUCUCUGGCUGGGGCAACACCCUCAGCAGUGGCACUAACUACCCUGACCUCCUGCAGUGCCUGAAAGCUCCUGUCCUGUCCUCCAGCAAGUGCAGCGGUGCCUAUCCAGGACAAAUCACCAGUAACCUGAUCUGUAUCGGAUACCUGGAGGGGGGCAAAAAUUCCUGUCAGGGGGAUUCCGGUGGCCCAGUAGUCUGCAAUGGGAGAUUCCAGGGGAUUGUCUCCUGGGGAAUUGGUUGUGCACAGAAAGGCUACCCCGGGGUCUACACUAAAGUGUGCAGCUAUGUCUCCUGGAUCCAAAAUACCAUCGCUACUGAGAUGCUCUCAUGCCAUGUGACAUGCACACCCCAUUUCCUCAGCCAUAUAUGAGACUUUCCAACUCGAUGGAAUAAAUAGAGUUUGAUGC